AUGGACGCCUUCUUCCAAAAGCUCGCCAGCAGUCUGCGCUUCUCGUCGCCCCCGACCAAGCAGCCCAAGCCCGUGCUGCUGGCGUCGGGCAGUCCGCCCCUGCGGCCGAGCGCGCCGCCGCCGCACGCGUCGCCGCGCGACACGCCGCGCCGACGCAUCGCGCACUGGGACAAGAAGCGCGAAAAGUGCGCCAACUGCAGCCACAUUUACCUCAAGACGCUGAGCCAGCACCCGGGCUUCUGCUCGGUGGACUGCAAGUCCAACAUGGUGUACCUCAAGAAGGUCAACCGCACGAUCCUCGCGAUGAAGGACGCACUGCACGAGCAGCGGCUGCAGCAGCAGGACGGGCCCGAAGACCACACGCAGCUGCAAGCGCAGCAGCAGCAGCAACAACAACAACCAAAGCCUCGAGACGACUCAGAGGGACUGCCGCACGAGCUGUCGCUCGACGACGGGCUCGACGCCCCGUGCAAAACCUUUGCCGAGUUUGGACUCGACGCCCGUAUCCUCGACGCGAGUCACGUCGAGUGGGCGUUCAGCGCCAUGUACUAA